CGGGGCCUGACGUCAGCCAGAGCAGGAAGCAGCGGAGUGUGGUCUGGCCCUGCCAAGAAACACACGCCUGUGUCACUCCGCUCUUCCCCCAGCGGAGAGCGAGUCGGGCCAGGGUGGGGACACGCUAUCCAGGUCAGCCCCUUUGAGAAGAGGAAGCAUUUGGGGAAAAUUAACGCUGCACGGCACACAGAGGAAGCAGACGGGCGAGCGUCACGGCCUGAGGCCGUGGUCCCUGCCCUAGGCGUGCACCAUGCGUAGCCGCCGCUGAUAGCCACGGUGGGGACAAAAGACUCUCCGGAGAGCGACUGCGAAGCCAUGACCCUGCCGCAGCCGCCCCUAGCCCUGAAAGGGGGCUCCCCGCCGGCUCUGUACGUUCACAGCAUGCCUGCCUGGGUGCUGGAGGAUUUCUGCCAGAAGAUGGACUGCCUGAGUGACUACGACUGGAUGCGAUUCGCCUCCUACGUGAUAACUGAUCAAACAGAGCUACGGAAAAUCAAGUCCAUGGAGAAGACAGGGAUCAGCAUAACAAGAGAGCUCAUGUGGUGGUGGGGAGUGAGGCUGGCGACAGUGCAGCAGCUCCUGGACCUGCUGCAAGGCCUGCAGCUCUACCGAGCGGCUCAAGUCAUUCUGGAAUGGACAUCAGCCUCUAAUAUUACCAUCUCCGAAAAAGAAGAGCUGGUAGAGCCGCCCAAACAGGAGAACAUAUCUUUAACUCCCACAGAAGACAAAAAUAGAGAGAGAGAAAAUGAGAUAAGCCUGCUGCCAUCACCAGACUCUUCACAUCUGGCAGUAUCCCCAGCUGGUAGUGCGGUUUCUGAAGGAGCCUUGUAUUCACUCCCUUCUCCACCACCUCCUCCAAGAGACCUUUUGAAAUCCUUAGAGUCAAAUCCUCCUGUCUCGUCAAGUGUGAAGCCUUGCAGCUCUUCUACUCCUCAGCAGGAGACAAUGACUGACCUCCCCAGUGGGAGCCUUUUGUGGACCCAGAGGGAAGUUGCUAAUGCCACAAAUGGUUUCAGCGAGAAGAGCAGAAUUUGUGAAGGUACUUUUGCGGAUGUCUACAAAGGUCAGAGGAACAACGUAGCAUAUGUCAUCAAAAGGCUGAAAGAGGCGGAAUGCACAAGCCCGAACUCCAUCCAAAGGUUCUUUCAUACAGAAGUACAGAUUUGCUUCCGGUGUUGUCACGUCAACAUUUUGCAGCUGCUGGGCUUCUCAGUAGAAACGGGAUUGCACUGUCUGAUAUACCCGUACCUGCCCAACGGAUCACUACAGAACAAACUUCAGUGUCCAGCUGAUUCUGCUCCACUGACCUGGGAGACGCGAAUUAGCAUUUCCACAGGACUCAUCCGAGCAGUGGAGUAUUUACAUAAUUUUGGAAUUCUCCACGGGAAUAUCAAAAGCUCAAAUGUCUUGUUGGAUGAAAACUUUACACCCAAGCUUGGACAUUCAGGUCUGCGACUGUAUUCUGCUGAUAAAAAAUCAGAAUAUGCUAUGGUGAAAACCAAAGUCCUACAAGCUUCUCUUACUUAUCUACCAGAAGAUUUUAUCAGACAUGGGCAGUUAGCAGCAAAAGUUGAUAUAUUUGCCUGUGGCGUGGUCUUAGCAGAGAUACUGACAGGGAUUAAGGCACUGGAUGAAGGAAGACACCCUAUUUAUCUGAAAGAUAUGAUUGCUGAUGAAAUUCAAUUAGUGAAAGAAAGCUCAUACCCCAAAGUGAAGAAUUUUGAAAAGCUAGCUGCCAAGGAAAUAUGCUGUAAAUACCUAGACAGGAAAGCGGGACACUUGCUGGAAGAGGUUGCUAUUGCUUUUGCCUCAGCCAUCUGCCUUUGUCUGAGAAAGAAGAAUUCUAACAUAGCAGAGGUGAUUGAAAUUAUGGAAAAAGCUGAAAACAAAUUAAGAGAGCAUUACAUCUGUGAAGGCAGCACUUCUGGAUUCUCCAUGAACACUCCAGAAGAAAAUGAUGACGAGACGACUAGUGUCAGCAUGGACGUGCCUUCUGCGGGGGAGAACAGAGAGGACAGCACGCAGCCAGCGAUCCUGACGAGUGCCGACCCAUGCACACCUUUAACAGGAGUUCUGUCACCUGACAUUUACUGCGGAGAGGCGUCAAGGGUCCCUUGUGAAUCAGAUGAGUCGAGUAGUUUUGUAUGGAACCCUUCGGAAAGUUCUAUGGAUGAGCUACCCAGCAAGAGCUGUAGCAAGUCAGAAAAUGCGGCAGCCGCCGAUUACAGGGUCGAGCAGGAAAAUCCUGCAAACAGGCUCCAGGAAAGAAACGCGACGUGCACCAAAAGUGAUGGCGUCUUGGAGAGAGCGGCUACUGCACAGAGCACCUUUCAACAGGAAGGCGCAGACCUUGACUCUUCAUGUUCUUCCCCAGCAUUAGCCAGAGAGACAUCUUGGAAAAUAAAGAUAAAUGACCAAAAAAAGAAGCUCAUGGAAAAUAUUCUGCUGUAUGAAGAAGACAAAUUAAACAGUUCUGAACUUUUUGAAUCAUAAAGUGGAUGGAUUUGUUAGCAGCGGCCAGCUCAGGGGAAGAAACAAGGACCGUCUCCUCAUUAGAAGGGUGGUAAAAGUGUACCUUUCAUGUAAGGUUAAGUAGCAUAUUUGGGUCAGAAACAUUAGCCCUGACUGAGGAAAACAAAGGUGAUCCCAUUGAGAAGAAACUGAAAAUACCUGUUCUGAAGCAGAUUAAAGCACAGUGCCACCCUGUAAACAGAAAUGCCUUCUUCCUUUUCAUCUGCAGUGCAAACAGACACGACAGACACAACUGCCAAAAUAAUUCACCAUCCUUUUGCAGUGUAUUUCGGAAAGCGUCUACAUAGAAUGAAUGUCGUAUUGAAAACCACAGCCCUAGAGGCUAUGGGGCAAGCACCGAUGAGCAGCCAGUUGCGGUGCCCCUUACUGUUAUCCCACUGUGUACAAGCAGACAGAAAUCGAGAGGCUGGAGCAGGUUUCAGUUUUCAAAUGAAUCCAUCCUAUCCCGCAGGAUCUUGGUCCGCAUGCUCAGAAACACUGCAUUACCAGAGAGGGAAUUUUUGUGCAAGUUCUCAGAUAUAUUCUACGUGACUCAAGCUCGACGUGGAUCGCACUGAACGUAGCUGUAAUAACUUGAGCCGUGUGAGUCUGCUCUGCGAGCUGCUCUACUACAUAUAUGCAUAUGACACCAUCUGAAGUCUGACCUUUAAAUUUCACUGUCAGGAGCUCUAACACAGUAUUUAAUAUUUCAUAAGAGUCUUUUUGGAAGGUAAUUUUUUCUAAGUGUCCUUUACAUGUUGUUAAGGUUUCUUGUUGUGUUCCACAUAGUAACUGCUGUAUGUUUUGCAUUAGGGACGUUUUUAAUUUAAAAUAUCUUUAAUUUUGUUAUAGGUCACUUGAAAUUUGAUUUGUUAUAUUUAUUUUGGCAGUGGGUUGAAGGAUCAGUGAAAGACAAGCUAGUGAGUGGACCCGUUCACGGUGCCACGCUCCCACGCCUUCCCCGAGGGGCACUGUGUUGCCUGUGUCUCGGCUCACCCGGCGUUAGCAGCCGCGGGGCCAGCCUCGGCGACCACGCUUAAAGAACAAACACAGAAACUUGUAUGCUGUCGUAUUUAUUAUCAAGUGAAAGGCCCCUUAAGGAAGUGUCACUUUAAUUGCUAUGACUAUUUAUUAUUUGUAAUGUUGUUGGCAUAUGCCGCUCUUGUGCAGCCUAAGGAAAUAUGGGUUUAUUGGAAACAAAAAACUACCAGAACGUGUAGCUCAGCUUACAGACGGGUGGCUGCUGCCUCCUUAGCACAGGUAAUAGGGCUGGGGGUACAGACGUGGCUAAAAUUCACAAUGGAGUUCAGGGAAUACUUUAAAAAAUAUUAAUGUCUAUGUAAUACUUUUCAUUAGUGUAGUUUUCCUGGCUUUGCAUGAAGGGCUCCGAGUAAGGCCUCAUAUCUUCUACCUUCGUGCAGUACCUCGUUCACUGUAGGUACUAUUAUGAGCAAGUAAAAGUAUUUUAACUAAAGACCUGAGUAUUAAAUCAUCUACGCCUCCAUCAGAUCAAUUUCUACAUAAAAAACUGGUAAAAUUCUGUAAUUAUAAGUGCCUUGGAUACUGUCUAUAUACUUACAGUGUCAAUUUUUUUAUUUUACCAGAACCAAACCAAGAAAACAUCAGUACUGACACAAGACACAUUGAGUAUGUUCAGAUUGGUCAAUAACUGCUUAAUUCUACAUGAGAUUUAAUUGAGAUACUUUGUGGUGCUGAAAAUUUAAUAUUUGUUGUUUUUCAUGGGCAUAUUUUGGGAGGUCCGUGGUAAAUGCCUUGGUCUCCUCCAGGAAGAAACGCGUACAGACACGCCCCAGGGCCGAUGCAAACCCCAAGUUUUUUAAACUGAGAAACAUAUUCUAGACACGGUUCUGUUUUACAAAAACUCUUUACAGGCUUUGUUCUCCUGUAGUCACAAAAUGAAAUUGUUAUUCUUUGCCUCGUUCCAUGUUAGUUUUAAAAUAUUCUGAGGUGACGUACACGGUCUCAUAGAGUUACAGAAUAUAUACAGAAUAUAAUGUAACGUACAUAAGACACUGCGUAGUCUGACAAUAAUGGCACUCCGCUACACAACUUGGCUAUUCAGUAUAAUGUAUGUUUUAAUCUCAACUUGGCAAAUUUAUACAUUACCAUUUACUAGUGCCUUUGUGAAUAAAAAAAAAACUGGAAAAAAA